AUGCGCUCCGUUACGGUCGCAUUUAGAACCGUUGCUGGCUCAUUUCCUCUACCCACUAAUCCUAAUUUUUGUGUGUUCCCGUCUCCCUCUCCCCCCUGCUCCAUCCCUCUCCUCACCUCCCUGCUCUCGUCUACCCUCUCCUACCCUCUCCUGCCCUAUGCUCCCUCUUCUCCCUCUUCUCCCUCUUCUCCCGCUCCUGCCGCGCGCUCCUCGCGUCCCCGCGCGCAGCUCGUGGGCAAGGACCCGGACCGCGCCGUGCAGCUCUUCUCACAAGCCAUCGCGUCGGGCGACCGCGUGGACAGCGCGCUAAAGGACCUCGCGAUCGUGCUCAAGCAGCAGAACAAGGCGGACGCCGCCAUUGCCGCCGUCCAGCAGCUCCGCCACAAGUGCUCCGACGCGGCGCAGGAGAGCCUCGAUAACAUCCUGCUGGAUCUCUACAAGCGGUGCGGGCGCGUGGAGGAUCAGAUCGCGCUGCUGAAGCACAAGCUGGAUCGCAUCCGCCUCGGCGUCGCGUUCAACGGUCGGAAAACGAAGACGGCGCGGUCGCAAGGGAGGAAGUUCCAGGUGUCGCUGGAGCAGGAGGCGACGCGGCUGCUGGGGAACCUGGGGUGGGCGUACAUGCAGUGUACCAACUACCAGGCGGCGGAAUUCGUGUAUAGGAAGGCGCUGCGCAUCGAGCGCGACAACAACAAGGUGUGCAACCUCGCGCUGUGCCUGCUGAAGCAGCGCAAGGUGCGCGAAGCCCGCCGCCUGCUGCUCUCCGUCACCGGACCCAGCGGCGCCAACGCGCACUCCCCCAGCAGCACCACCAGCAGCACCAGCAACCAAGAAGAUAUCGCUGCUGCUGCUGAGUCGGCCGAUGGUGCUGCUGAUGCUGCUCAUGCUGCAGCUGCUGUUUCGGAAGCUUGUGUGGAGGAAUCAGCGGCGUUUGACGACAAGGCAGAGGAGCACACAGAGGACGGUGCCGGUGUGGCUGAUGCGAGCAGAGGCGGUGGUAGCGGAAAGAGCAACACCAGCAGCCCCAGCCCCAGCAGCAGCGCUUCUGAUUCCCAUGUAAAGGCUCUGGAUCGCGCGCGCGAGAUGCUGCGACUGCUGGAAGACGACGCUGCGACAGGGCAGGCGGACGAGGAGGAGGAGGAGUCGCAUGAGUCGCGGGAGGAGCGCGGCGGAGACGAGCAAGCUUCAGCUGCAGGGAACGCACGGAGCGCAAGGAGCGGAGAGGAGAGUGGCGCAGACGACGGUGGUGAGAGGCGGGGAGACGACGGGGGUGCGGCGGGAGAGGAGGAGGGGCGCACGGCGACGCUGCAGGAGCUGCUGGGAACGGACAGCGCGUGGGACUCGCUGCUGCCCCUCGGACAGCCUCUUCAGCCCCCGGCCUCUGCUUCUCUCGCCUCUCCUGCUGCUGCCCUCUCCCCGGCUUCUUCCCCUCCUCCUGCUGCUGCUGCUGCUGCUGCUGGCGGCGACGAGAACGCGGGUCAGUUCUACCUGCCAUACAUGUCGCUCAUGCCUGGCUUGUACAAUCCGUCUCAGUUUGGUGAGAACAACGGUAUGGCCGCAUCCUCUGCUGCUACGGCGGCUGCUGCCGCUGCUGCUUCAUCUCAUGCGUCGCUUGCCUAUGUGCGGCAGCAGCAGCAACAGCAGCAGCAGCAACGGCAGCAGCAACAGCAGCAGCAACUGCAGCAGCAGCAGCAGCAGCAGCAGCAGCGGCAGUCACAAGCGGCAGCGGCGUCACUGCAAGACGGGGCAGCGAGUGGUGGUAAAGGAGUGCUUGUGUCCGCCGCCACUUCUGCAACCGGUGCCGGCAGAACCAGAUGCCCUCCUCAGCUUGGCCUGGCAGGGCCUUACAGGACGAGAAUGGCAGGAAGUGGUGUCGGUGGCGGCAGUAGUCUCGGUGGUGUUGGACGCACAUCCUCUUCGCCACCCUGCCCUGGUGCGUCGUUUGCUGCUGGCUUGACCUCUCCUCCUUCCACUCACAUGCCUUGGCACCUCCAGCAGCAGCAGCAGCAGUGGCAGCAGGAGGUGACGAUGCAGCAUGGUGGCAACGGCGGUGCAUGGAUGAAUGGAUACGAUGCAUACGACUCCGAUCUCAUCCCCAUGGGAUCAGCGGAGGACAUGUAUGGUGUUGCAUGUGGUGAGGACAUGUUCAUGUCUGCACCAUCCGAGUUCAGCCACCCAUGCCACCCGCAUGUUGUGCAAACAACAGCGCCUGCUGCCCGGACUGUUACUUUCGACCUGCCCGAGAGUUUGGACCUGGAAGAAGGGGAGGAGGAGAGGGAGGAGGCAGGGUCGGAGAGGCUGCUGGUGGCGGCGGCUGCAGCUGCGGAAUGGAGGCAGACGAGGCUGGCAGGAAUGGCUAGGUGCUCAGAGAUGGCUCUGGGGCUGUAUGAAGAUGAAGACUAUCAGCAGCAGCAGCGCCAGCAGUGCCAGCAGCUGUGGUCGCGGCCGGGAUUGGAUCUGUGGGCGCGGGGAGUGGGGUGA